AUGCCUCGCAGUCAGAAGAGCAAUCUCUGUGUACGUAAGAAAUGCCAGCAGAACCAAUGUGAGACCAAGGUUCUCAGGGGUACUCAGUCCAUGGCAACAGCAGAAGCACUCCCCUCCUCUUCCACUCCUCGUUUUCGGUGUACUAGCCAGAGAAAGCCUAGUGCUAAGUCAUGUAGCACUCUUCAGGGGCCUCAGAGAGCUCUGUUCACCCCUACUUCUCCAGGUGCUUCAUUCACAAGAUCUUAUCAAGGUGCCAACAACAAAGAUAAGAAAAGGCAAAGUUCCUCCCAGGACAAACCAUCCACUAUCCGGUCCCGCAGAGACCCUGUAACCAAGAAGGUGGGUACAUUGGUGCAGUUCCUGUUGCAAACAUAUAAAAUGAAAAAGCUCAUUAUGAAAGAAGACGUGCUGAAGAUUGUCAACAAAAAGUACAAGAACCGCUUCCUUGAGCUCCUCAGGAGGGCUUCUUUCAGCAUGGAGGUGGUCUUUGGCAUUGAAUUAAAGGAAAUCGACUCCAUCAAGCACACCUAUGCCCUUAUCAGCAAAAUGGACCUUCCUAACAAUGGGAUGCUGAGUCGUGGCAGGGGUUUGCCGAAAACUGGUCUCCUGAUGACUCUCCUGGGCGUGAUCUUCAUGAAGGGCAACUGCGCCAGUGAGGAGAAGAUCUGGGAAUUCCUGAAUAAGAUGAGAAUUUUUGCAGGGAAGAGGCACUUCAUCUUUGGGGAGCCUAGGAAACUCAUCACCCAAGAUUUUGUGAAGCUAAAGUACCUGGAGUACCGGCAGGUGCCCAACAGUGAUCCUCCAGGCUACGAAUUUCUGUGGGGUCCCAGAGCCAAGGCUGAAACUACCAAGAUGAAAGUUCUGGAGUUUUUGGCCAAGAUCAAUGAUACCGUGCCAAGUGCUUUCCCAUCCUGUUAUGAAGAGGCUUUGAGAGAUGAGGAAAAGAGAGCCGGAGCGACAGUUCCAGACCGGGCUGGUCCUACUGCUUUGGCCAGUGCAGUGCAUGCUCCAGCGCCAGAUCCAGCAACUCCUCCCAUGCUUAGUGAAGUGUGA